GCCCCGACCCCCGCUGGAGUCCUGAUCCCCGUGGAACCCCAGUCCUGCCGGGGAACCCUGGUCCCAAGCAGAACCCCGACCCUGCUGUGGACCCCAGAUUUUCUGUGGAAUCCGGACCCGGGGUCCGCGCAGCCUCACUCUCAGGAGUGGUCAGUCGGCGAGUGGUCAGCUUGGGCGCGUAAAGCUUAAGCCGCCCCGUCCCCUUUCGGCACCUCCGGACCCAAGUGAAGGUGGCCUGCGCUCUGCUCUUGUUAGUGUGAGCUUCUUCCCUGUCCUGCUCUUCCUCCGGAACCUCGGGUCGCAGUGUGGCUUCAGCACCAGGCGAGCCGUGUUCUGUCCCCGAGGGAGGAAGCUGGACCAGCGAGCGAAGCCAGCAAACAAGAACCGUGCCUUUGUGCUUUUUAAAGGACCAAGAAGAAAAUCCUGUAAACUAACUUGGGAGACCCUUCCGAGGAUAUGGCAAAAAAUGCGGUCGUAGUAAGAAAUGGAGGGAGAUGCUGAAGCUGCCCCCGGUCAGCCAGUGCAGCAAGCUUCGACAUUCGAUUGAGAAGGAGUAUAGCAGUCUUUGUGACAAGCAGCCAAUUGGAAGACUUCUCUUCAGGCAGUUCUGUAAUACAAAGCAACAUCUAAAAAAGUGCAUUGAAUUCCUGGAUGCAGUGGCGGAAUAUGAAGUGGCUGCUGAUGAGGACAGAAGAGAUUGUGGGCUCCUGGUCUUAGACACAUUCUUCAUUGAGGAGAGUUCGGCAACCCCUCUACCAGAAAUCCCGGCCCACGUCGUGCAGGAGUGCAGACGACAGCUGCAGGAGGACCCUUCCAAAGACGUCUUCAAGGAGUGCACUCGAGACUUAAAGCCUGAGAACAUUCUCCUCGAUGGUCAUGGACACAUCCGGAUUUCAGAUCUCGGGUUAGCCGUGGAGAUCCCGGAAGGGGAGACCAUCCAAGGAAGAGUCGGAACGCUCGGCUACAUGGCUCCCGAAGUUCUCAAUCGUGAAAGGUAUACAUUCAGUCCCGACUGGUGGGGACUUGGCUGUCUGAUAUACGAAAUGAUUCAGGGACAUUCUCCGUUCAGAAAAUUCAAAGAGAAGGUUAAUAGGGAGGAGGUGGAGCGGAGAGUGAAGAAGGAGACAGAGCGGUACUCCGAGAAGUUCUCCGAGGACGCCAAGUCCAUCUGCAGCCUGCUGCUCACCAAGGAUCCCAAGCAACGCCUGGGCUGCAGGGGCGAAGGAGUGGCUGAAGUCAAGGGACACCCUGUGUUCAGGGACAUUAACUUCAAGAGGCUGGAGGCCCACAUGUCAGACCCCCCUUUCCGUCCUGAUCCGCAGGCGGUUUACUGCAGGGACGUCCUGGACAUCGAGCAGUUCUCCACGGUGAAGGGCGUCCACCUGGACAGCACCGACUACACCUUCUACAGCCAGUUCGUCACGGGCUCUGUCUCCAUCCCCUGGCAGAACGAGAUGAUCGAGUCUGAAUGUUUCAAGGACAUCAAUGAAAGCGGAAAGGUGGCAUUAGAUCCAGAAGAGAAGACAUAUCAACCAGCUCCUGGACAGAAGAGAGGCUUCUUGCACAGACUCUUCACUCGAGGGCUUUCUUUUUUCAGUGCCUGUUAUGUAAGAUAAUUUACGUAGUUUGAAAGCCAGCCAUAAGGUGCAGUUUGAGCCCAGCGAGAAGCAUCCUCACAAUGAUGUUUGCUAUUGGUAUGAAAACUGUUCUGAUGCGAGAAGAAGAAAUGGCUUACAACCCUCGAAAGGCGAUCCGUCUGUCUAUGACAAAGCAUUUCACACUCGGCUCAGAAAUCAG